UAAUUAAACUGUGAAAUGUUGAAAAUGCAGAAAAGAGAAAGUGAUAAAUUGGAGGAGGGAUUGGCCAGAGCAAGAGCAGCAGUUAGAAGAGUGGCUUCAAUCAGAAACAACAAAUCAGUAAUUAUGGACAGUAAUCAUAUUAUAUCUUCGUCAAUCUAUCGAAACCCCACCGCAUUUCUUCAGAGUUACAAGGAAAUGGAGAGAAGAUUGAAGGUGUAUGUAUAUGAAGAAGGAGAGGUGCCAAUAGUGCAUGAUGGUCCAUGCAAAGACAUAUACACCAGUGAAGGGAGAUUCAUCCAUGAGAUGGAGCAUGGCAGCCAUAGAUUCAGGACAAGCAGAGCUGAAGAAGCUCAUGUCUACUUCAUGCCAUUCAGUGUCACAUGGAUGGUGAAGUAUCUGUACAAGCCUAACACCUACGACCUUACCCCACUCCAAGAAUUCGUCUCCGAUUAUGUGAAACUCAUCUCCACCAAGCAUCCCUUUUGGAACAGAACUCAAGGAGCUGACCAUUUCAUGCUUUCUCGCCAUGACUGGGGACCUCGGACCUCGGAAGGAAAUGCACACCUCUACAACAAAUCAAUCCACGUCCUGUGCAAUGCAAACUCCUCCGAAGGAUUCAAUCCUCAGAAAGAUGUGAGCCUGCCUGAGAUCCAUCUCUAUGGUGGCUAUGUGAACCCAAAGUUGAUCUCUCCUCCUUCUCCGACUAUCUCAAGGCCCUACCUUGCAUUCUUUGCUGGUGGCCUCCAUGGCCCGGUUAGGCCGAUCCUCCUCCACCAUUGGAAGGGCAGGGACCCUGACCUCCACAUCUAUGAGUACCUCCCUAAAAAUCUUGACUAUUAUGACUAUAUGCUGAAAUCAAAGUUCUGCUUAUGCCCCAGUGGAUAUGAAGUGGCAAGCCCCAGAAUUGUGGAGGCCAUCUAUGCAGAAUGCAUCCCUGUGAUAUUAUCAGAUCACUAUGUGCUCCCAUUUAGUGAUGUUCUGAGGUGGGAGGCAUUCUCGCUACAGGUAAAUGUUACAGAAAUAGUGCGGUUGAAAGAGAUAUUGAUGGCAGUAACCGAAGACGAGUUUUUGAGGCUCAAGGAAGGGCUGAGAGCUACAAGAAAGCAUUUUGUUCUAAACCAGCCGGUUGAGAGAUUUGAUAUGUUUCACAUGAUCUUGCACUCUAUUUGGCUUAGGCGGUUAAAUCUACGCAUUUGA